CUUUUAUUGCCGACGGCUGGAAGGCCGAAGAGCAGAAGCAGUGGGUGGCCUCAGUGGUGGAGGCUUCUGCCGAUGGCUGGGUGAAGGGGUCCGGGGCCAUGUGGUUGGCGCUGAAAGGCAAAAGUUUCUUCGAAGGCGGACAGUACUUCACUCAAGCCCUGAUUUAUCGCAAGUUGGCCCGGCACCAUGGGGUGGACCCGAAAGAGUUCGACCCGGCCCCGUUUGGUCUUCCCCCUCUGCUUCCUGACCUCCAAACCCCCAUGCCCGAAGGCGAGGAGAGGCCUUUGCUCGAGGACUCAGAGAUGGACAAGCUGGCCUCGGAUGAUGAGGAAGAAGCUGAGGAUGAUGCAGCCUCGAAACUGAAGGAUGACGUCACCGGGGGGGGCCAGGCUUGAGAUUUUACUUGCCAUAUUUUGAUGUAAUAGUUGUAGGCCUCGGCCUCGGCCUUAUUUGUAAACAAAC